AUGCGGCCCGCAGCGAAGGGAUGGCGACGACGCAGCUCUAGGAGAGGGGAUGCGACAGCGCGGCUCUCCACGACGGGAUGGCAACGGCACAGCGCUCGAGCAGAAGACGGCGGUGGCGAUUUACUUAUCCAUGGGAGCUCUCGCGGACGGUUGCGAUGCCGGGAGCAGUCGCGUAGACCGAAUCUCGUUCCCUCUUCCGCCCAGAUCCGAUCACCGGGAGCGAAGCGAAAAUACUCGAUCGUUGGCUUCGAGGCUCUGAUCAACUGCUACUGGGGGGGCAAGCGCGCGCGCUCCGCGCUCGGCGCUGGCCGCACCUGCACAAGCGACUGGGCGAACCUUGGGGACGGGCCGGCCGGCCUGAUCGCCGAGCUUGCCCUCGCCAGCGAUGUAGCCGACUAUGUCCGCUUCCGCGCCGUGUGCCGACCGUGGCGGCAGUGCUCGCCAGAUCCGCGCGCCGGCGGCGGCCUGGACGUUCGCUUUCUACCCCGCCGGGCCUGCCACCAUCGUUUCCUCAACGUGUCUACUGGCGAGUGCAUUCGGAUGGGACUCCCGGAGCUAUCGAAGGGGGAGCACAGGUUUCUCGCGGUCACCCCCGACGGCCUGCUGCUGCUUUUCGACGAACCCACAACGAUUGCUCGACUGCUUAACCCGCUCACGCGCCAGCUCAUCGACCUUCCCCCUCCGACCGCAUUCGUGCAAGGUGGAGACGACUGUGAUGAGCCGGAAGAAAAAGAAGGUCCUUUUGUGCAAGCCGUUGGCCUCACUGAGGACUCUACAGUGGCAGUCUCCUUCUUCUAUCCCAUGAAGCUUGCUUUCGCUAAGCGUGGUGGCGACAGUUGGACUGUGGUAAAUGACGGAUACAUAGAUUCAGCUUUGCCUUUCGCGGGGCGUUUCUACUGUGCCACCCACAGAGGUGUCAUGGUGCUGAAUACCACCGCUUCAGAUCAGCAGCAGCCACCGCGGCUGAUCAUGGUUGCUGACCUGAAGAAGUCAUUUAUUUAUUUUUCCCAAAUGAGGGACAGCCUUCACCUGGUGGACAAUGGUGGAGAACUGAUGCUGGUGCACCGAACUAUUGUCCAGGACAAACGCAGGAAGUAUAAUGUUUAUAGAUUGGAUUUGGAAGCUGGGAUCUUGAUCCCAGUCAAGCGCCUCAACGGACGUGCCGUGUUCAUGGGCAUGAUGCGCACCAUUUCGGUAUCAAUAGAGGCCUUUCCCUAUGCCACUGCUGAUACCAUCUAUUUGGCGUGGGAAUGUGAUAUCAACACUGAGGAGUACAAUAUUGCAGAUGGAAGCAGAUGCAGUCGGAUCUAUGAUAGAUCGGUAUCCCCAGGUACCAUUGUCGAAAGUCUGAUCUGCUACUGCAUCCAGGACCAGGACAUUGGCAAUCAACUUGUCUGA